UUCUCGGUCCAGUGUUGCCAACAUCACAAUGAAACUGAUACUAGCGUGUACAGCGAUGGCGCUGCUGUCGACAGCGGUAGAGCUGGCGAGGGUAGCGUCGCGUCGGAGUAAUUCCACUGCCAACAUCUACAGAACCGCUAAUAUCACCCCCGUACCACAACAGAUACUUAAAGUACGCUUUGGAAAUGUUGAAGUAUUUCCAGGAAUGGAAAUACGCCCUUCAGUUGCAAAGGACUUGCCCCGUAUUGAUUUUGACUACGAGAUCGGCCGCUAUUACACGUUUAUUGUGAUAAGUAAAACCUGGCCUUUUCCAUACGAUCCUUUCCUAAGUCCGUCCGUAUUAGCGUUGUAUGUGGACAUAUAUGGAGGCCCAGGGCGUAUAGUCAUUGGUAAUUCUUCUGAAAUAGCGACCUGGGUUGGACCGUGCCCUCCUCCUGGCAGUGGCUCACACCAAUACUUGUUGUUCGUGUAUAGACAAAGAGGGAUCCUUGAUACCACUGAUGAGCAACUUCGUAGGUAA